UGUGGACAUCUUAGUCACCAGGAGGUCCAUAGCCAUGUACCUUAUCGAGGACCUUGUGUAGCAAUGGCUUCAUGCCUGUGUCAUCUCAUGUCUUGGUAUUUCCCUUGACUUGUUUACAAGUCUUCCACUUCCUAGACUGUGAAGAUGAUGUUGCACCAUAUUUUAAAACAGAGCCUGGCCUACCACAGAUUCAUCUGGAAGGGAAUCGACUCGUUCUCACUUGCCUUGCUGAGGGGAGCUGGCCUUUGGAAUUCAAGUGGAUAUACAAUGACAGUGAGCUCACCACCUACAGCAGCGAAUAUAAGUAUAUUAUUCCAUCUUUACAGAAGCUCGAUGCUGGGUUUUACCGCUGUGUGGUGCGAAACAGAAUGGGAGCACUCUUGCAAAGAAAAUCAGAAGUUCAAGUUGCAUAUAUGGAGAAUUUCAUGGAUACAGACCAGAGGAAAAUGAUUUCUCAAGGACAUGCAGCAGUUCUAAACUUAAUGCCCAUCACCAGCUGCCCCAGACCUCAAGUGACUUGGUUUAGAGAAGGACAUAAGAUUAUUCCAAGCAACAGAAUAGCUAUCACACUGGAGAAUCAACUGGUGAUCCUUGCAACCACAGCAAGUGAUGCUGGGGCUUACUACGUGCAGGCUGUCAAUGAGAGGAACGGAGAGAACAAGACAAGCCCAUUCAUUUAUUUGAGCAUAGCAAGAGAUAUUGACACACCUGAAACCCUGGCCCCUGUCAUUGUGGUUCCCCCCGGCAACAGAAGUGUGGUGGCUGGAUCCAGUGAGAUCACCUUGGAAUGCAUAGCCAGUGCCAGGCCUGUGGAAGAGCUAAGUAUAAACUGGAAAAGAAACGGGGUGAGAAUCACCAGUGGACUGCACAGCUUUGGGAGACGCCUUACCAUCAGCAACCCAACAUCUGCAGACACUGGGGUGUAUGUUUGUGAGGCAUCACUGAGACGGAGUGCUUUUGAACCAGCUAGAGCGAAAGCCUUUCUUUCUAUCAUAGAGCCACCAUAUUUUACUGCUGAACCUGAGAAUCGGAUUUUAGUUGAAGUGGAAGAAACCGUGGACAUCGUUUGUCGAGCCAUGGGGGUCCCUCUUCCCACCCUUCAUUGGUACAAGGAUGCUGUCUCCAUCAAUAAGCUCCAUAAUCCUCGAUAUAAAGUUCUGUCAAGCGGAGGUCUGCGUAUUCAGAAACUGUGUCCAGAGGACUCUGGGAUAUUCCAGUGCUUUGCCAGUAAUGAAGGAGGGGAGAUCCAGACCCAUACCUACCUGGAUGUAACCAAUAUAGCUCCAGCUUUCACCCAACGUCCAGGGGACACCACAGUUACCGACGGAAUGACAGCCAUUCUAAGGUGUGAGGUGUCUGGAGCUCCCAAACCUGCUAUCACAUGGAAGAGAGGAAACCACAUUUUGGCCAGUGGCUCUGUCCAGAUUCCUAGAUUCAUGCUUCUUGAAUCUGGGGGUUUACAGAUAAGUCCUGUCUUCAUCCAGGAUGCUGGCAACUAUACCUGCUUUGCAGCCAACACAGAGGGAUCCCUGAAUGCAUCUGCAACACUGACUGUGUGGAAUCGAACAUCCAUCGUUCAGCCACCCGAGGACCGUGUGGUGAUUAAGGGGACCACAGCCAUGCUGCACUGUGGGGCCACUCAUGACCCCCGGAUUUCUCUCCGCUAUGUUUGGAAGAAGGACAAUUUGGUCAUCACCCCAUCUAGCAGUUCUAGAAUUGUGGUGGAGAAGGACGGUUCUCUCCUCAUUAGCCAGACGUGGUCAGGAGACAUCGGAGACUACACCUGUGAAAUUAUAUCUGAAGGCGGGAAUGAUUCCAGGAUGGCUCGGCUAGAAGUGAUUGAACUGCCUCACUCACCCCAGAACCUCCUGGCCAGCCUGAAUUCUUCCCACAGCCGCACUGUGAUACUCUCUUGGGUUCGGCCCUUUGAUGGAAACAGCCCUGUGCUUUAUUACAUUGUGGAACUCUCUGAAAACAACUCUCCAUGGAAAGUACAUCUGUCAAAUGUUGGCCCUGAGAUGACAGGCGUCACUGUGAGUGACCUGACUCCAGCUCGCACCUAUCAGUUCAGGGUGUGUGCAGUGAAUCAAGUGGGCAGGGGCCAGUACAGCAUGGAGACCAGCAGGUUGAUGUUACCUGAAGAACCACCCAGUGCUCCCCCCAAAAAUAUAGUGGCCAGUGGGCGUACCAACCAGUCUAUCAUGGUCCAGUGGCAACCACCCCCAGAGACAGAGCACAAUGGAGUACUGCGUGGAUAUAUCCUCAGGUACCGCCUGGCUGGCCUACCUGGAGAAUAUCAGCAGAGGAACAUCACUAGCCCCGAAGUGAACUACUGCCUGGUAACAGACCUGAUCAUCUGGACACAGUAUGAAAUCCAGGUGGCAGCUUACAAUGGGGCUGGCCUGGGCGUCUUUAGCAGGGCAGUGACCGAAUAUACCUUACAAGGAGUGCCUACUGCGCCCCCUCAGAAUGUGCAGACGGAAGCUGUGAACUCCACGACCAUUCAAUUCCUGUGGAACCCUCCACCUCAGCAGUUUAUCAAUGGCAUCAACCAGGGAUACAAGCUCCUAGCAUGGCCAACACAUGUCCCUGAGGCUGUCACUGUGGUUACCAUUGCUCCAGACUUCCAUGGUGUCCACCAUGGAUAUAUAACCAACUUGAAGAAGUUCACUGCUUACUUCACAUCAGUCCUGUGUUUCACAACUCCAGGUGAUGGGCCUCCAAGUACUCCUCAGCUUGUAUGGACCCAUGAAGACAAGCCAGGAGCUGUGGGACAUCUGAGUUUCACAGAGAUUCUGGACACAUCUCUCAAGGUCAGCUGGCAGGAACCCCUAGAGAAAAAUGGCAUUAUUACAGGCUAUCAGAUUUCCUGGGAGGUGUAUGGGAAGAACGACUCUCGUCUCACGCACACUCUCAACAGCACAACUCAUGAGUAUAAAAUCAAAGGCCUGUCGUCUCUCACCACCUAUACCAUUGAUGUGGCUGCCUUGACCGCCGUGGGGGCUGGGCUGGCGACGUCGUCCACCAUCUCUUCUGGAGUCCCCCCAGAUCUUCCAGGUGCCCCAUCUAAUCUGGUUAUUUCCAACAUCAGCCCUCGCUCAGCCACCCUUCAGUUUCGACCAGGCUAUGAUGGGAAGACAUCCAUCUCCAGAUGGAUUGUAGAGGGACAGGUUGGAGCCAUAGGUGACGAGGAGGAGUGGGUAAGCCUCUAUGAAGAGGAAAAUGAGCCUGAUGCACAGACAUUGGAAAUCCCAAACCUCACACCCUACACUCACUACAGAUUUCGGAUGAGGCAAGUGAACAUUGUUGGUCCAAGCCCUUUCAGUCAGUCAUCUCGGGUUAUUCAGACCCUGCAGGCCCCACCAGAUGUGGCUCCAACCAGCAUCACAGUCCGAACAGCUAGCGAGACCAGUUUGCGGCUUCGCUGGGUGCCCCUGCCUGAUUCCCAGUACAAUGGGAACCCUGAGUCUGUGGGCUACAGGAUCAAGUACUGGCGCUCAGACCUUCAGUCUUCGGCACUGACACAAGUUGUCAAUGACCGGCUUGAAAGGGAAUUCACCAUCGAGGAACUGGAAGAGUGGACUGAAUAUGAGCUGCAGAUGCAGGCAUUCAACACCAUUGGGGCUGGGCCAUGGAGCGAAGUGGUGCGUGGUCGGACGCGGGAGUCAGUUCCUUCAGCUGCCCCUGAAAAUGUGUCUGCUGAGGCUGUCAGCUCAACCCAGAUUUUACUGACAUGGGCUUCUGUACCCGAACAGGACCAGAAUGGACUCAUAUUGGGUUACAAGAUUCUAUUCCGGGCCAAGGAUCUGGAUUCAGAGCCCAGUAGCCAUGUUGUGCGAGGGAACCACACACAGUCAGCGCUGCUGGCAGGCCUGCGCAAGUUCGUGCUGUAUGAGCUCCAGGUGCUGGCCUUCACCCGCAUUGGGAAUGGUGUCCCCAGCCUGCCCCUCAUCCUCGAGCGCACCAAAGACGAUGCCCCAGGCCCACCAGUGAGGCUGGUGUUCCCCGAAGUGAGACUCACCUCCGUGCGAAUUGUGUGGCAACCUCCAGAGGAGCCCAAUGGCAUCAUUCUGGGGUACCAGAUUGCCUACCGCCUGGCCAGCAGCAGCCCCCACAUGUUCACCACGGUGGAGGUCGGCGCCACAGUGAGGCAGUUCACAGCCACGGAGCUGGCCCCAGAGUCUGCAUAUAUCUUCAGGCUGUCUGCCAAGACCAGGCAGGGCUGGGGAGAGCCCCUAGAGGCCACGGUCAUCACCACUGAGAAGAGAGAGCGGCCAGCGCCCCCCAGAGAGCUCCUAGUGCCCCAGGCAGAAGUGACAGCUCGCAGCCUCCGGCUCCAGUGGAUCCCGGGCAGUGACGGAGCCUCCCCCAUCCGCUACUUCACCGUGCAGGUGCGAGAGCUGCCUAGGGGAGAGUGGCAGACCUACUCCUCAUCCAUAAGCCACGAGGCCACAGCCUGCGCCGUUGAAAGACUGAGACCCUUCACCUCCUACAAGCUACGCCUGAAAGCCACCAACGACAUUGGGGACAGUGACUUCAGUUCAGAGACUGAGGCAGUGACCACACUGCAAGAUGUUCCAGGAGAACCUCCAGGGUCUGUCUCAGCAACACCGCACACCACUUCCUCUGUUCUGAUCCAGUGGCAGCCUCCUAGGGAUGAAAGCCUGAAUGGCCUUCUUCAGGGAUACAGGAUCUACUACCGGGAGCUGGAGUAUGAGGCUGGGUCAGGAACAGAGGCCAAGACACUCAAAAGCCCUUCAGCUUUGCGAGCUGAGCUCACAGCCCAAAGCAGCUUCAAGACCGUGAACAGCAGCUCCACAUUAACAACGUAUGAAUUAACACAUUUAAAGAAGUACAGGCGCUAUGAAGUGAUUAUGACCGCCUAUAACAUCAUCGGCGAGAGCCCGGCCAGUGCGCCAGUGGAAGUCUUUGUUGGCGAGGCUGCUCCUGCAAUGGCACCCCAGAAUGUCCAGGUGACCCCACUCACGGCCAGCCAGCUAGAAGUCACAUGGGACCCACCACCUCCAGAAAGCCAGAAUGGGAACAUCCAGGGCUACAAGAUUUACUACUGGGAGGCAGACAGUCAGAAUGAAACCGAGAAAAUGAAGGUCCUGUUCCUCCCCGAGCCCAUGGUGAAGCUGAAGAACCUGACCAGCCACACCAAGUACCUGGUCAGCAUAUCUGCCUUCAACGCUGCUGGAGAUGGGCCCAAAAGUGACCCCAGGCAGGGGCGCACCCACCAGGCAGCUCCUGGGGCCCCCAGCUUUUUGAUGUUCUCAGAAAUAACCUCCACCACACUUAACGUCUCAUGGGGGGAGCCGGUAGCAGCCAACGGUAUCCUGCAGGGCUAUAGAGUGGUGUAUGAGCCCUUAGCACCUGUGCAAGGCGUGAGCAAGGUAGUGACAGUGGAUGUGAAAGGGAAUUGGCAGCGCUGGCUAAAGGUGCGGGACCUCACAAAAGGAGUGACCUAUUUCUUCCGUGUCCAAGCACGAACCAUUACCUAUGGACCUGAGCUCCAAGCCAAUGUCACAGCCGGGCCAGCAGAGGGUUCUCCGGGUUCACCUAAAGAUGUCUUGGUCACCAAAUCAGCCUCUGAAUUGAUUCUGCAGUGGACUGAAGGGAAAGCUGGCAACACACCCACCACAGGCUACAUCAUAGAGGCCAGACCCUCAGAUGAAGGCUUGUGGGACAUGUUUGUGAAAGACAUCCCCCAGAGUGCCACAUCCUGCACCGUCAGCCUGGAUAAGCUCCGCCAAGGAGUGACCUAUGAGUUCCGAGUGGUGGCUAUAAAUGAGGUGGGCUACGGAGAGCCCAGCAGCCCCUCCACAGCAGUAUCAGCUCAAGUAGAAGCCCCGUUCUAUGAGGAAUGGUGGUUCCUCCUGGUGAUGGCCCUCUCGAGCCUGAUCAUCAUCCUGCUAGUGGUAUUUGCCCUGGUCUUGCAUGGACAGAAUAAAAAAUACAAGAACUGCAGCACAGGUAAGAGCAUCUCCAAUAUGGAGGAGACCGUGACCCUGGAUAAUGGAGGAUUUGCAGCAUUGGAACUCAACAGCCGCCACCUCAAUGUCAAGAACACUUUCUCAAAGAAGAAUGGAACUAGGUCUCCACCACGGCCGAGCCCUGGUGGUCUGCACUACUCAGAUGAAGACAUUUGCAACAAAUACAAUGGUGCCGUGCUUACGGAAAGUGUGAACCUCCAGGAGAAAUCGGUGGAUGCGUCAGAGUCCGAGGCCACUGACUCUGACUACGAGGACACACUGCCCAAGCACUCCUUCGUCAACCACUACAUGAGCGACCCCACCUACUAUAACUCAUGGAAGCGCCGACCCCAGGGCAGCCGUGGCCCCGCUCCGCACAGGUAUGAGGCGGUGGCAGGGGCCGAGGCUGGGCCGCACCUGCACACGGUCAUUACCACGCAGAGUGCGGGCGGGGUGUACACGCCCACCGGCCCAGGCGCCCGGACUCCGCUCACGGGCUUCUCCUCCUUCGUGUGACCACGGCAGCCAGUGCCUCCAUCAUGGUAGGAUGGCGAACAUUCUGGAGUCUAUUUUUGUUAAGACAAUCAACUCCAAUAACUGAGCUGAAGUUUUUGUUUAAAAAAAAAAUUCUGAUAAGUGAUGAUUUUACCUAUUUGUGAACACUAGAUUUCAAUUAGAAAAGUUUUUUUAAUGGCUUUUUGUAACAUCGCUGCAGGAAGCGGGUUUCUUUCUUUUUCUUUUCUUUUUAAGAGAAGGUGUAUUUCACUGGUGCAAUGGCUUGGCACCGCUGGGGCAUGGAAAGAUCUUGGAGCUCCCCAGCCCUGGGUUUCUCCUUCCUAAGAAGGCUAGCAAGGGGAAAGAGAGCGGAGGGUUAAAUGGCAUCUCAAAGCUGCCCCCAGGCUGCCCCUUUCUCUUUCUACCUCCUCUUCCAGAGAACCAGCGGCUCACAUCCUUCUCCAUCUUAGGGCAUCUUUGGGCUUGUAGCUCUCACUCCUGGGGUUUGAAGAGCAAAUAUCUUUACCUGGGCUCAGUGCUUUUUGGCCCAAGUGCAUCCGUUUCUGAAAUGUUCUCACUCAGCAGUUUCUAGGUGAGGAAUCAGCUCUAAGUUUCCUCAUGAUGGACAGGCAGUUCUGGCCCUGUUGUGGCUCAGCUGAUCCGGGCUGUGCCAACACUGUGGUAAAAUAACCGGGGCUUUCUUUCUACCUGAUGUACGGGGACAGGAAGCCUCCCUCAAGGAUAGAUGGCCCGUAGCAAACUAAUUUCUUCCCGUGAACACACAGCACACAGCCAACUCUGCUAAACAGGAGAAAAUAAGACAGCGUUUUCAGAAUUGCUUGUUAUAUAGGAAGUGUGCAUUGUUAACCAGAGUAUUUUUUAAACCUUUUUAUCUUUUUUUUAAAAUAUGUCACAUCAAGUGAAUGCGUCUUCGCUGUCUCCAGGUGCCUUUUUAUUAAUUGUUCAGCUUUGUACAUGGGAAAGACGAACGCAACAGUGUCUCCAAAUAAAGCAAAACAGCUGUGAGAAAA